GUGGGCUCUGUUGGACCCAGGCCAAAGAGCCCUUCAUCAGAAGGUGAUGGAGGAGAAUUUGGAACGCCUGUCCUCUCUGGGAAGCACUUGUGGAAACAAUUCCUCGUCAUCCAAGUGUUUGGAGGGGAAAAAAAGAUUCAGUCAAAAGGCCUUCCUCUCCCGUUACCAAUCAGAUCACACAAGGAAGAAACCAUUUCAUUGUUGGAUAUGCCGAAAGGGUUUCAUUUUGAAGAGUUUCCUUCUUUGUCAUCAAACAACUCACGCCGGGAGGAAACUAUUCAAAUGCCUGAAGUGUAGAAAAGAGUUUAUUUGGAAGUCACACCUCACUCGGCAUCAAGCAACUCACACUGAGGACAAUCCAUUCAAAUGCCUGGAGUGUGGAAAAGGCUUUAUUCAGAAGGCAGACCUCACUCGGCAUCAAGCAAUUCACAUGGGGGAGAAACCAUUCAAAUGCCCAGAGUGUGGAAAAGGCUUUAUUCAGAAGGGAAACCUCACUCAGCAUCAAGCAACUCGCACUGGGGAGAAACCAUUCAAAUCCCCAGAAUGUGGAAAAGGUUUUAUUCAGAAAGCAAACCUCACUCAGCAUCAAGCAACUCACACUGGGGAGAAACCAUUCAAAUGCCCAGAGUGUGGAAAAGGUUUUAUUCAGAAGGUAAACCUCACUCGGCAUCAAGCAACUCACACUGGGGAGAAACCAUUCAAAUGCCCAGAGUGUGGAAAAGGCUUUAUUCAGAAGGCAGACCUCACUCGGCAUCAAGCAACUCACACUGGGGAGAAACCAUUCAAAUGCCCAGAGUGUGGAAAAAGCUUUUUUCGGAAGUCAGUCCUCACUCAGCAUCGAGCCAUUCACACUGGGGAGAAACCAUUCAAAUGCCCAGAGUGUGGAAAAAGCUUUAUUCAGAAGGGAAACCUCACUCGGCAUCAAGCCAUUCACACUGAGGACAAUCCAUUCAAAUGCCUGGAGUGUGGAAAAGGCUUUAUUCAGAAGGCAGACCUCACUCGGCAUCAAGCAAUUCACACUAGGGAGAAACCAUUCAAAUGCUUGGAGUGUGGAAUAGGUUUUAUUCAGAAGGCAGACCUCACUCGGCAUCAAGCAAUUCACAUGGGGGAGAAACCAUUCAAAUGCCCAGAGUGUGGAAAAGGCUUUAUUCUGAAGACAGACCUCACUCGGCAUCAAGCAAUUCACACGGGGAAGAAACCAUUCAAAUGCCCAGAGUGUGGAAAAGGCUUUGUUCAGAAGUCACACCUCACUCAGCAUCAAGCAAUUCACACGGUGGAGAAACCAUUUAAAUGCCUGGAGUGUGGAAAAGGCUUUAUUCAGAAGGCAAUCCUCACUCGGCAUCAAGCAACUCACACUGGGGAGAAACCAUUCAAAUGCUUGGAGUGUGGAAAAGGUUUUAUUCUGAAGGCAGACCUCACUCGGCAUCAAGCAACUCACACUGGGGAGAAACCAUUCCAAUGCCCAGAGUGUGGGAAAGGCUUUAUUCAGAAGGUAAACCUCACUCGGCAUCAAGCAACUCACACUGGGGAGAAACCAUCAAAUACCCAGAGUGUGGAGUAGGUUUUAUUCAGAAG